AUGGAUUUCAUCAAGACCAGUUCCCUGCGUGCUCUGAUUGAGUUAACUUUCCAACGCAACUGGAAUGGCCUCAUUUGGAUGAGUAGAAAAGGAGUUAACCAAAAGAGUGAAGACUGUCCAGACGGCUCUAUCGAGAAUCAGCGCCCAAACCGCGCAGUCCGGCUGGCCGAGGAACGAAUGUUCCGCGCUCGGCCAAAUCACAUCCGUCCGACUGAAGUCUCGGCCAAAGUCCAAACCGACCGGCCGAUCACGCAAUCACGACCCGGGAAACAUGUCCCGCGGUCGGCCAAGCUCAAGCGUCACGCCACGCCGCGCACGAUGCAUCCGUCCGAGCCGGGAAGAACGUCCCACGUCCGGCCGAGAACCAUCGGCCAAUCUCAUCCGCCGACCACGCCGGCCGACCGAAUCCGUCCGGCCACGACCGUUCCGACUCGGCCACGACCCGAUUGUCCGGCCGAUCGUCCCGACCGACCGUCCCAACGCCGCGGUCGACCCGAAGCCCGUUUUGAAGCCCAAAUUUCAUAUUUUCAAGCCCGGCUUAACCCUAAGCCGCCUCAAAAGACCUAG